CUUGAUGAGGAGAGUAUUGGUGGAAGAAAGCAUUUAAACUGCAACAGUGAAAGAUGCAAGAGUUGAUAGCUGGUUUACAGAUGAUGAGAUUUGAUUUUGAAAUUGUUUUGGAGCAACAGAGAGGAAUUAUGGAUUUGCCAUUUUCUGGCAUGGAUAAAUCUAGUUCAGCAGUUUGUGAGCUUUUCAUUAAAGGCAAAUGCUUAAAAGAACAAAUGUGCCCAUUUCGACACUUGUGUGGUGACAAGAAUAUUGUAUGCAAACACUGGCUCCGAGGCCUAUGUAAAAAAGGAGAUCAGUGCGAGUUUUUGCACCAGUAUGAUGAGACCAAGAUGCCACGGUGCUACUUCUAUUCAAAAUAUGGUAAGAGCAUAAAACAUAAGAGCAGAUGGAAACCAUUCAACCCAUCAACUCUGCUCUGCCACUCAAUGAGCUCACAGCUGAUUUAUUUCCAUACAUAA